AUGUUACUAAAUGGUUUAAGUAUCAUAUCAAAUUAUCCAAAACCAUUAUUUUACAGUGUAGGAACUGCAUAAAUUUACUCUGCUACCAGAUUAUUUAAAUUAUCAUACACUAUUUUCAUCAUUAUAACUGAAGAUUUUCAAAUUAAAGAUGAUCUAUAUUUUCAUAUAUGGAGCAAAUAAAAUGUUUAAUAAAUGGAUCAAUCUAUUAAUCUCACUCAAAAUACUUCUUCGAUAAAUAAUUUUAAUUCAUCUCAAUUAAUUUUAAUGAUUAAUAUUACUUGCUCAAGAAGUUUACAAGAUGAAAUCCUAUUGAUCAAAUUCUUAAAUAAUUCAGUCAUUUAUUCAAAUGAAGGAUACUCCCAGAUUGAAACAGAAGUGUCUUGUAGUAUACCAAAAGUGACAUACAUUGAUGAUGUCACAAUUGCUCAAGUCUAAAUAGCACCCAAUAGUAACACCUAUAUUCUCCACUUUAUUGGGAUAAUAUUUGGGUAUCAGUGUUAUCGGGAGGAGUUGAACUCUUUUUUAAUUUUUUGGAUACUCUUUAAAUUUUUAACUAAAAUAUGAUUAUUUUAACCAUAUUAUUUUUAAUACAUUAACACACAACUUCCAUAUAAUUUAUAAACCUACUUUCAACUUUUAGGAUUGUUUAAUUUAAUUUAAAAGAUUUUCGAUUUAUCAGGAAUUAUUGAUCAAAUACUGAAUACACAACAAUUAAAGAAGAUAUCCACGAAAGUAGCAGGUGAUAACUUAAUAUCAUUAUUUAUUAUUAUUGCUGCAACAAUUAUUACAGUUUGGAUUUCUUUAUUCUGCAUUUAUGCAAUUGCAAAGAUGAUAUAGCAAAUUCACACAAAUUAUUACUCAAAGUAUUAAUCAUUGGAAACAACUAAAAAGUGAUUAUUAAUAAGCUAAACCAAAAAUUCUAUAUUCAUUUAAAUUUAAUUUUUUUUCCCAAUCAGAAACUGAAAAUUUUUGGCUUGGAAAAGUUGGAGUAUACUAUUUAACUAUUAAUUAUAUCAUGAGUGCUUUACUAUUAUUUCAGAAUUCUUUUAUAGUGGAAUCUUACAUGCUCAUAUGGCCACUGCAUAUGAUUUACUUUUAGUAAAGUACUGUAAUUGUAUACCUUAGAACUUAACUCAUCUAAUUUCUUCAUAAGAUUUAGUUCAUUAUUAGCUUGUUUUGCAAGUACAAUAUAUAUUUUUAGUAUCUAUUAAGUAAUACAACUACCCUAGAUGAAGAAAUAUUCUUUGAAUAAUAAAGCUAUCAAAGCUAAACAUGGAUCUAUUUUUAAUGGAAUUAAGAUAAAUCAAUUUUCAAAAUAUCUUAAUACAAUACUUCUAAUCAAAAAACUUACCUAUAAGUUUUUAUUAAUUUUCUUAUAUGAGUUUCCAAAUUUUCAAACUAUUAGCAUUACACUUCUAUCGACCUCUAUGGGUCUAUUUUUCAUCUUCUUUAUUCCAUUAAAGGAUUAAUUGGAGUAUUUUAAAUAGUUAUUUAGUGAAGUUAUGGUACGUCCUUGUUUUAAUUAAUUUUAGUUGAAUGAAAAAUUACAAUAGCAUCUCUUUUACGUUAUUGAGUAUUACAAUAAUAAAAUGUGA